AUGGUGGAUCUUCAAACUGUUUGUUGUUUGUGCGGCGAAGUUGGUUUCCCCGACAAACUCUUUCGAUGCAACAAAUGCCACCACCGCUUUCAACACUCGUAUUACAGUACCAAUUAUAGCGAGUUCGCGGAGCCAAUUGAACAGUGUGAUUGGUGCCAAAGCAAAGAAAGAAACUCGAGGCAUGGAAGCUCUUCAAAGAAAUCACCGGCUGGAAAUGGAACUGGAAUAAUUGUAAAGCGGUCCGAGUAUUCUGGCGACAAAAUCGAGAUGAGAGUUGUAGUGAUCACAAAGGGAAAGAGCAGUGGCACUCCUUCUCCAAGGCCUACCACACACAUGAAGGAGACAAGUCGUUUAUUUGGAUUUGAUCCAUGGAAAAUGUAG